GUUCCGCGACCGGCUGAUGGCCUUUUUCGAAAAUCAAACGUGAAUUCGCGCUCCGAUUCGGAGUUUUCUCUCCCGCUUAGCGCGCGUGUUGUUGAUAUUCUCGUUUUUCAGUAGUGAAAAUAAACAGAGAUGCUUCCUCUGUCCUCAGCAAGCACAGCAUCCAAAAGGGGAGCACGUGGACCACCGUUGGGUGGGAAGAGGUGGCACAUCAUAAUAACAGAGCGCUGAGCUGAGAGCAAGCGAAUGCUGACGGAGGAUGUUUGUUUCCUCAUCGACACAGCAAAGGUCUCUGGCAUUUUCUUCACAAUGUGGACGGGACAUCCGUGGAAUACGGACGGACGAAAUUUGCUGCGCUUCUGCCUUGUAGAGUCGUCGAUUGCUAUAAUGGAAGAAGAGGGUGUGUGAGAAUUUUCCUCGCAGUGCUACUCCCAUUCGUUGGAUUUUUGCUCCCUUCUUUUGCCACAGAUAGUGGGGGAGGGGGGGGAGAAAGAAAAUUUUGUGUCGAAAACUUUUUCUGCUACCCUUUCGCGGUCUGAUAGAUGUGAAUUUUUCGGGUGCUUCCAAGGUCGAGUUUGAUAAACGGAACGCGUCCCGGACACCAUGGGUGACAGUAUUUUGAGCGAAGCAGAGAGCUUCGAGAUGUUGAAGGCUCUUUAUGACUUCACGGCGGUAUAUCCGAAGACGAUUAGCUUUGAUGAGGGCGAGUACUUCAUCCUGCAUCAGACCAGCGCCCGUCAGCGAAACUGGUGGCAAGUGGUCAGCAUGAAGGGAAACAUUGGAUUCGUGCCUUCGAAUUAUGUCAUGAAACUAAAGGUGGAUCCCAACUUUCUGAACGGCUUCCUCGAGUCCAGCAUCGAAUCCUUACGUCUUUCGACCGACAAGGAAAUCAACGGCAUAAUCCACCGGGAUGAGCUCAUCGAUCGGCUGCUGGAACGGAAACGGAAGCUGGAAAAGAUGCUUAAGAGUGACAGCUCCGACAGUGAAACGGAUCCACCGCCGCCACCACCCUCCCAGAAGCCGAUGGGAAAUGGAAGCGUGAAGCACCUGGUGGAUGAGCAUCCCUCCUGCAACAACAAUUGUACAGAUUCUAAUCCCGGCCGUGGAAAAAAUGACUACCAUUCGCCGGUAUCAUCGAAGCACGAAAAGCUUACCAAAAAGUCCCAAUCUAGUCCGGCCGUUGGAGCCGCUGCAGCCAUUCCUCAGUUCGUUCAGGAAAGCCCCAGUAUGAGCGUGCUCUCGUCCAAGCUGAACCCAGACGAACCGUUGACACCCACGGCUCAGGAAAACAGUGCCAUGUCCGAGGUAUCCGAAACGGAGGCUACCAAUACGGCCACCACAACUACUACCACUACAACUAGUGAUGAAAUCACGGCCAUUUCUCGUGGAGACGAAGAGAUCCCCAAAACCGAACCGGAAUCGGCCGAGCCGGAAGUUCAAACCGAUCUGGAGAUGGAACUGGAAACGACCAACAACGAAGACAUUACUGCCAGUGAGAAUGAACCGCAACCUAUCGUGGAAGCUCCGAAUGGUCCCAAAGAAUCGACAAGCGAUCCGGAUACGAUCGCCGAAAGCCAACAUUUGAACGAUCUUCCUCUUGCGAAAAUUGAACCUCAAGAUGUUUACCAAGUAGUUGACGCAAUACGCACUAAUACUAAUCUUAGCCACGAGAUGGCUUGCGUAGCGCUGCGUGUUGUUCUCAGUGAACUCGAGCCGCUGCUACCGUGUCCGGUGGUUCGACAUCUGGAACCCAUCGCCAUACACCUGACGGCACCCCUGGACGUGCCCGAUCCAGUCCUUGCUCAAACCCAUGACGCUCGUCGGCUCCGCAUUAUAUUCAGCGGACUAUCCGACUGCAAGAACGACUCCGAGCAGCGCACCUGGAUGCUUCAUGAGGACGAAGCCGACAUCAGUCGCUACCUGAGUGAACUGAUUGGCAUCCUCACCGAUGCGGAUCCCAAAAUUUGCCGCAAUGAAAUGGCAGUCGAUCACUACCAGAGCGUCAUCAAUCUGGUGCUGUACUACCAGAUGGAAACCCGCUGGUCCAUCAGAAAGCUGCUACUCAAAGCGUUCAAAGCCAUGUGCCAUUUGGACUACACUACGGUUGACAUUUUACUAGGAUCGGUUCUGCCGUUGGAAAUCGUUCAGGAUAUGAUAUCGAAUGCUCGGGAUGUCGAGAAAUUGUUGGAACUGGCCAAUAUGUUGAUCAUUGUAUUUUCCAUCGGUCGACGAAUGCCCAUCAAUCAGCAAGAACAUCUUCGCGCUGACUUCGUCAUAUUCCUGCUGAAUCUGAUCGAAAACCCGCCGGAAACGGACAUCCACAUGGCCCUGUCCGAAACAAUGAUCAGCUUGAUUCUGUCGUUCAAUCUGCAGUUCGACAACUUUACCGACAACGUGGUGCUGGAGGCGAUGGAACAGAUCCAGACGGCCAAAACGUUUACCGAGAAGAUACUGGUGAUGAUCAAUCGGGAGGAAGACCCGGUGCAUACCCUGAAGCACACACCAGCGCACACGAACCCGGUGCUGAAAAUGUUGGUCGAUCUGUUCAGCCGACCGGAAACGGCCUCCAUAUUCUAUACCAAUGAUCAGAGCGUAUUGAUCGAUAUUCUGGUGCGGCAGCUGUCGGAUCUCUCGGCCGGUGAACCGAUUCGCAAAUGGUACCUGGAGCUGUGCCGCAAGAUUGUCCGCAACACCAGCUACGCCGAUCACCAACAUCGGAAGCAGGAUCUGAUGAAAAUAUUUACCCGCAUUUUCUGCGAGGAGACCGAAUGCAGCGCCGGGGAUCAGCAGAUCGUCCGGGAGAUAGCCAACGAAUUUCCGCAAAUAUUCAAAGCGUGAAGGCACCGUGACGGUAUCACCUUUUCAAACGGGAAAGCUUCAUUAGCAAUAAACUGGAGCCGGGGAUGUUAGCCCUAGGCGGAUUCCAGGUUCAAGGAACUUUAACACGGUUUUAUAAGGCUCGAGCUUAGACUCCGCAUUUAUGUUCUUAUUCCCAAGUAUGCAUUUCCGCAUAAUUUAUUUUACCAAAGUGAGAGCCUGUUGUUGACUCCCAUCCCAUGACUCCAGCGUGAAACGAAACAAAACUUUUUAAAAGUGAACUGGAAAAGUUCCGACAUUAAUCGCCAUAGUCAGUAAUUUUUAAAAUUAAUAACCUUAAAGCAGUUUCAGAAAAAAAAACACAAAACAGAAACAUUUUUAAACACAGUUUUUCAUACCACUUCUAAAGCAGAAAUUUUAGAUAGUCUCAAAAACAUAACAGAAAGCGUUUAAUUAACAGCAGCAUACAAAAUGUCGGUCUUCAUUAGAAUUAAAUUGUUAAACUUUCAAGCAAAAUUUCCCUCAAGGUAUACGACGCUAGUCGAAAAACUCUUCACAAAGACAAAACUUCCAACUAUGUGAAGCUUUUAAAAUACAGCGAUUUAGGAAAGAAGAAAAAUGAAACACAAAUUUACAAGAGAACAGUGUAACCGUCAAUUUGUCUAUCCAGUUGAUCAAUCGAAAACGUCUGAAGCAUAGCUUUUUAUCUAAUUUUACAUGUACAGAAAGAUAUUUUUAAGUCUAAAAGUAUUCAUAUAACUUACUUGUUGAAAUUUAAUCGAUAAAUUAUCUUUCAAUUUUGGGCGCUAAUUUUAGGAUCGAGUUUAAAACAACAAGAAACAAACAAAAAAGGUAAAGUUAUUGAGUGUUACUAGUUUCAACUGUUAAGUCAUAAGGCAUACGAAGUUCGCACACGCAUGUUGGAAACGAUCUUGUCGGCGGAUGUUAUUCACUUUUUAUAUUAUAGUCCCACAAAUGCCAAAAUGAAACACAAAACGAGGAAAAAACAUAAUAAUAUUACCUACUUUUAGUCAUAUGUGUCUCAUAUUCGAAAACCAAAAAAACCAAAAUCAAUAAAUAUUAGAAAACACACCCUUCAGAGCAUAAAAUACAUUUCCUUAGAACCAACCAAAUACUAAUCCAAAACAAUUGAGAACUUUAUUUCAAAUCCAGAAAGUUACAGAAACUUCGUUGAGUGAAACGAAGCCAAGUUCUAAAAAAGCAUAAUCCGCGUGGUUUUCCUCGAAACCCCAGAGUAGCAAUCAAAAAAGUAAGAAAUGAGAAUU